AUGUCCCUCUUCGAGGUUACCACGCACAAUAACCGGCCGCUCCAUAUCAUCUUUGCUGGAACGCUGGGCCUUCUGUUUUCCGACAUGUGGUAUGCCUCCCUCUCAACGGUCAAGCUUGGUUGGAUGCUCAAGCACGCGUACUAUAUGUUUCCAACCGUGCUCAUGCUGCCGGCCUUCUGCGUUGUCUUCGAGUCGCCCCGUUGGUUGAUUGCAAAGGGUCGCUUCAAGGCGGCGGAAGUGGUUAUGAUGAGUGCGGCCACGAUCAACCGCUUUCCCAUUCAUUACACGGCGCUGACACUGGACAAGCUCAAGACAGCGAUGGUCAGCAACGCCGUGCGACUGCCUUCCAUUGACCAGGACAUGCUCAGUGGAUACUCCAUGCGGCGGCGCGCUCUCAUUUUAAGCUUGUCGUAUUUCUCCAUCACGUUCUCCGCGUUCAUCCCGUCGUACGCCAUGGAGAAUCGAAAUGAACUCUGGUAUACUCUAGGUUCAUUCUUCCUGAACCUGUUAGGCUAUUCGAUGAUGGACCUGCUAAUCACAAGGCUCAGCAUACUGACUGUAAUGAAUGUGUGGUUUGCGUUGCUCGCCUUGAUUCAAUGCCUACUGAGUCUAGCUGUCGGCGCGGGCGCCAGGGUUCUCAGCCAGGCGCUGGUCAUGCUGGCCACGGCGCUCUUCUACUCCGGCUCUGUCCUUUGCUUCGUCUACACCCUCGAGCUUUUCCCUACAGCCAUCCGUGGCCCGGUGGUGGGCUGGGUCUUCGCCUGUGGACGUCUAGGUGCCGUGUGUGCCACAGUAGUGCUGAAGUUCUUUGGGCUCAGGCGGGCUGACGUAGGGCACGCGGUGGCUGGUGCUCUUCUUUUCACGUCGAUGUUCGCCCAGGGUGGCCUACCGCGCGCCACCUCAGUAGAGUGCACCAAGAUGGAGUACCGGCGCUCGUCGGCUGAGACCCAACGCAGCAUGGAGUACAUGAAGAAGACGCUGGACUCUAAGCUCCGCACCACUCCCAGAGGCAGGAUUAGUGCCGACAACUCCAAAUAUAGCACUGUAUCUCGCAGUCGACGUUCGCAUCACUAG